AUGGUUCCACUCAUUAAAGUUCUUGCAGUACGUACACAAUAAUAAUAUACAUACCAAUGAGUGAAGAAGACUCUGUCUAUUACCAAUGUUGACUAUUAUUUUAUUUUGAUAUACACAAACAAGUAUGUAUAUGAAGAAGCCACAACCACAACUACAAACUUAGAAAACCAACACCAUUUCUGUUCUUUCCUCAUUACCAAUAUGGCAGCAUCAAUUGUUAAUUCACUCCUAGGGAAGCUUGCUUCUUAUGCUUAUCAAGAAGCUUCUCGAGCCUAUGGUGUGUAUGAAGAUCUAAAAGAAUUCAAAGACACUUUGUCAAUUGUCAGUGGUGUGUUGUUGGAUGCUGAGGAAAAGAAGAAUAAACAACAUGGCUUGCGUGAAUGGCUAAACCAGAUUCAAGACAUCUGUGUUGCUGCUGAAGAUGUAUUGGGCGGAUUUGAGUUGCAAGACAAGAAAAAAAAAGUUAUGAAAGCUUCUGGCAACACUAUGGUGAAGGUACGCCACUUGGCUUCUUCCUCUAAUCCACUUGCUUUCCGUAGUAACAUGGCACAUCAAAUCAAAGAGAUUAGGGGCAAAUUGGACAAGGUAGCAGCUGAUCGGACCAAGUUUGGACUUGUGAGUGUUGAUCCCAGACUUGCUGUACAAGGAAGAGAAACAUAUCCUAAUGUUGAUGCUUCGAGUGUAAUAGGAAGGGAAAAUGAGACGAAUGAAAUUGUCAAUCUUUUGAUGCAGCCACAUCCUCACGGAGAUGCUGAUGGUAAUAAAAGUAUGUGUGUCAUUCCAAUAGUGGGAAUUGGAGGAAUGGGGAAGACCACACUUGCUAAGUCGGUGUUCAAUGAUAAGAGGAUGGAUACACUUUUCCCAUUGAAGAUGUGGGUGCAUGUCUCUGAUGAUUUCGACAUCAGAAAGAUAAUCAUUAAAAUCAUCAACUCUGCCACCGCUUCCUUUUUAACUUCAUCUUCAACACCAUCAAGCGGUCUUGCUCACCUAGAAAACAUCAACAACUUAGAUAUUGUGCAACUAGUAAGUUGUCUGAAACAAAAACUUUCUGGUCAAAAGUUUUUAGUCGUGUUAGAUGACGUGUGGAAUGACAAUCGUGCGAAGUGGCUUGAAUUGAAAGAUUUGAUCAAAGUUGGUGCACCAGGAAGUAAAAUUAUUGUGACAACACGUAGUAACUCAAUUGCUAAGAUGAUGGGUGAUGUAUCAUCGUAUGAUUUGAAAGGUCUUUCUCCAAAGGAUUGUUUAUCUCUAUUUGUCAAAUGGGCAUUCAAUGAAGGCGAAGAAGAAAAACAUCCAAAUCUAGUGAAGAUUGGAAAAGAAAUUGUGAAAAAAUGCCAAGGGGUUCCACUAGCCGUGAGAACAUUAGGAAGUUCUCUCUUCUCAACAUUUGAUACAAGUAAGUGGGAAUAUGUAAGGGACUCUGAGAUGUGGAAUUUAGAACAAAAGAAUGAUGAUGAUAUUUUACCUGAGCUCAAAUUAAGUUAUGAUCAAAUGCCAUUAUAUCUGAGACAAUGUUUUCAUUAUUUUUCCCUUUAUCCGAAAGACCAUAUCUUCGAUAACUAUGUUAUGUGUAGUCUUUGGGUAGCCCAUGGAUUAGUUCAAUCCCUAAAUGGAAGUGAAAAGCCAGAGAGUAUUGCAAGAAAAUAUAUUGAUGAGUUGCAUUCAAGAUCAUUUAUUCAAGAUGUAAAUGACUAUGGCUCUUUGUAUCAAUUUAAAGUACAUGGUUUGAUACAUGAUCUUGCAUUGUAUGUUGCAAAAGAGCACUUUGUAGUGGUAGACUCGCAUAAUCGAAAUAUACCACCGCAAGUAAGGCAUUUAUCAAUUGUUAAAAAAGAGGCACAUGGCCAUGCUUUGUUCCCAGAGUCUAGAAGUGUGAGAAGUAUACUAUUUCCCAUCAUUGGAGUGGGUCUUGAAAAUGAAACUGUUCUGAACACAUGGGUAUCAAGAUACAAAUACUUGCAUUAUUUAGAUUUAAGUGAUUCUUCAUUUGAAUCUAUUCCUAAUUCAAUUUCAAAACUAGAGCACCUACGUUUUCUUGAUCUUUCUCGUAAUGACAAAAUCAGAACACUCCCAAAUUCCAUUUGCAAACUCCUACAAUUACAAGUAUUGUUGCUCGGUGGGUGCACCAUGCUUGAACAUUUGCCUAAAGGAUUAGGGAAGCUAAUCAGCCUUCGCCAUCUGAUUGUAACAACUAAACAAUCCGUUUUGCCAUAUGAUGAAUUUGCAAGCUUGAUCCAUCUUCAAACUUUGAGUUUUCAUGAUUGUGAUAACUUAAAGUUUUUGUUCAGACAAAAACUCCCUUCCAUUGAAGAAUUGUAUUUAGAAUCAUGUCAUUGCCUAGAGUCCUUACCCCUAAAUAUUUUCCCUAAAUUACAGACUUUGUACAUUAACAACUGUGACAAGUUAAACCUGUUGUUAAACAACGAAAGUCCAAUGCAAACAUUGAGGAUGAAACAUUUAUAUCUUACGAGUUUCUCAACGCUUGUGACAUUACCUGAAUGGAUUGUAUGUGCUAUGGAAACUUUAGAGACCUUGUUAAUCAUGAACUUACCUGAUCUUAAGGUUCUUCCAAAGUUUCCAACUAUAAUGACUUGUCUUAAGAGGCUCUAUAUAGUUGACUGUCCUCAACUCUUGAGUCUUACAAGUAACACGCAUCUCCUCACUGCCCUUGAAGAUUUGCGCAUAGAUGGUUGUCCUGAGUUAUGCAGAAAAUGUCUGCCCCAAUCUGGUGAGUACUGGCCCAUGAUUGCUCACAUCAAAAGUGUGAAAAUUGGAGAACUAACCGGACAUGAGGAGGAAUGAAGUCAUCGACUUUGAAGAUGACGAAGCUGUGCAAAAGGCAUAUGCAGCUUGAAGGGUCACAAGAGAAAGCAAAGCAGUAGUUGAUGGCGUCGGAGAAGAUGAAUGCCAUACCAUGAUGCUUUAUAUUUCUAGUACUAAGAAACAUCUUUAUGUGUACUUAGCAUUUGUUAUUUUUUAAUGUAUUUGAAGGUGAUUCCUUUUGGAUUGUUGUUAAUUGUUAUUGCUCUGCACUCUUUUUUUCCUCAUCAGGUUUUCUCCCACUGGGUUUUACUGAUAAGAUUUUUAAUGAGGCAGAAGUUAUUUCGGUAUUUUACCUUAGAUUUUGCUCUAGUCUCCAAGUUUGUAUCUUGUCUUUUAUUAUUCAAUAAAGUUUGUAUCUUGUCUUUUAUUAUUCAAUAAAUUUUUUCCUCAUA